CGCCUAGCGGCCAAUUUAUCACACUUCUAUAUACAUUCUAAAAACAUGUUUUGGACCUAUCGACUGCCGUAGCGUGGCAGCAGCGAUAACGGCGGCGGUGGCACCGCAAUUAAUACCUGAAAUUAAAAACAGAUAAUCCAUUCUUAACAAUUGAUUUUCAAUAACACGGACCAAAUAUAAUAGUUGUACAGUGAUAUCGUUAUUUAAUAUUUGAUAUUUUGUAAAAGUAAUAACUGUAAUUAUUAUUCUUACAUCAUUUAAGUUAAUAUAAUAUUACAAAACACAUUCAUAACAAUCAAAAGUUGCGUGGCUAAUUUUAAAAGGUGCUGUCUAAAUACUUUGUACGUCGUAAGAAGAUUGCCAGGGCUGAAUAACUUUACUUCAAUUGUGUAAUACAGAUAACAAAUCCUGUUUUACGGUUUCGGCUUUCGAAAAAAUACUAGUAAGUACUUGUUAAUCGACAUGGAACAAUGGAAAGGAACCGUAGCCUUAGUAACCGGGGCGAGUGCAGGAAUCGGUCAUGCUACAACUUUAGAGCUUCUGAAACAUGGUGUUCAUGUUGUGGCCUUAGCCAGACGAGGAGAUAAACUUCGGGACAUACCUGAUCAGCUACCGAAAAAUAGUAAUGACACUUUUGGUAAACUAUACCCAAUGGAAUGCGAUAUUACCGAUGAAAACACAGUGAAAAACGUAUUCAGUUGGAUAGACACGAAUCUUGGAGGUAUCAGCAUUAUGAUCAAUAACGCCGGAAUUCUUCGAAAAAGCACUCUCCUAGGGGGUAAAACGGAAGACUGGAAAUCGAUUUUGGACCUCAACGUUUUGGCUCUAUCGGUAUGUACAAGAGAAGCAUAUCAGUCGAUGACAAAACAUAAUAUCAACGGUUACAUAAUUCAAAUAAACAGUAUAGUAGGCCAUUCUAUAUCAUCAAUUUUCGGGAAUAAAAUGUACAACGCAUCUAAAAAAGCAGUAACGGUUUUGUGUGACGGUUUAAGACACGAAUUGCAACUGGUCGGAUCGAAAAUAAAAGUCACGAGUUUAAGUCCAGGUUUGGUUGACACAGAAAUAUUCGCCGCUGGUAAUUGCCCUUUGGUAACCGAAGGAGUUUCAAAUCCACCUCCCUCUUUGACAGCCAAAACCGUAGCAGAUACGGUGAUUUUAGCGCUUUCUACGCCCCCAGAUGUCUUGUUUGCAGAGCUCACUGUUAUAAGAGUCGGCGCCACUAUUCAAAAUCACAUGACAGCUCUUCCUCCAUUUACAGUUUGUUAAGACAAUUAUAUACAUUGUUUAAUCCUACUACGUUUAGCUUUAUUUCGUAUUCAAAUACUCAUUCACACACACAUGCGUGAUGAUAAUUAUUGCGAUUGAGAUAAAAUAUUAUAGUUUUAUGCAUAAUAAAAUUAAAAAAUUAAUUAGAAUGCAUGUUAAUUAUUAA